AUGCCCCACGGAACUGUGCUCGAGAGUCGUUUUGGUCAUGGUGGUCCAACUCAUCAAGUUCAUCCAAAUCCUCUUCUAGAAUCUCCCCCUCAUUCUCCAUCUCUUUCUUCCAUGAUUUCUGUCAACCUUUUCUUAAUUUUUACCUCGUCCGCCCCGCCAACACCAUCGACUGCUUCGCGUCUGAGAGAAUCUAGUAUUGAAUGUCUGGGUCGGGGUACAGAGAUAGACAAAACAGUACGCACCAUUUUCAGAGCUCAUAACCACGACCCACAACACCUUCUCAUCCGCAAUGCUCAAGAAGUUCCACAUUCGCCACUCGACUUUCCAUCGAACUCAGGUUCGGUCCUAGAACCAAUCCCUCUACUCAUUCCCAGCUCCCCCCUCGCCUCUCUAUCAUACUCUCUCCGCAUCUUUGGUGAACUAUCGGAUCCCGGAUCCAACAACCUUCAAAUCAAAUCCCAUCCUUUCAGCAACCAACCCUCUUCUCCGUUCCUCAGUCUUCCUCUGCGCUUCGUUCUCUAA